AUGGAUUUUGAACUCAUACAGUAUUACCUUAGAACAAAAUAUUACUAUAGUGCACAACUAUCUGCAUCUAAAGCUAUACAAAUAAAUCUAAAUAGUUCAGUUUAUCAACUUUAUUAUGGUCUAUCAUUUGUGCUUCAAAAUAAACUGUCAAAAGGACUGACCAUACUUGAUGCCUUAGUCAAUAGUGUUGAUAUUGGAUUAGCUUCUACGCUGGUUAUGAUCCAUGCCCAUAAACAAUUUGAAGAUCCUGAUACCAACACAAUAAACAUGUUAGAACCUACUGUCAUAGAAUUCAGUCCUUCCGAAGCUGUACUGUUUCAUGCUGCAAAUGUGAUGAUGCUCUGUGAUUGUCUUGAAAAAUCCAAAACUUAUGUUGACCAGCUUUUAGCCAAGUUUCCAAGUUCAGUUGAUGGAUAUUUAAUUAAAGGUUGGUUGGAACUUAAAAACAACAAUCUUAAAAGCGCUAAAAACUGCUUUAAAGCUGUUCAAUCACAGAACAAAGAUUCAAUUGGAGCAUAUCUUGGUGAAGCUGCAACUUUAGAAAUUACUGCAGCUAUUCAGAUGUUAAAUCAACUCAUUGUUAAAUUACCUGACUUUCUACCAUCCUUUAUUGAGAAGUUAAAUCUUUACAUGAGUGUACAAAAAUGGUCUGAUGUUAUUGAAACUGCUGAUCGUAUAUUAGGCAUAAAUUCAGGCUGUCCAUUGGCUAUAAUGGCAAAAAUUCUAUAUAACACAGCUGUUGCUGGGAAAUAUGAAGAAAUACCUAACGACUUUUUCAAAACUUUUGAAAAAUCAGAACCAAGCCCGAAUUUAUUUGUCCAGUGGUCUUCAGCUUUAUCUCGAACUUGUGGUCAACAUAAAACCAUUAUCAACGAAUGUAUUCGUGCUAUGCAAAUUACUAUUGAUUUGGAACCAAGUGUCAAUAAUAAACUAGAACUUGCAUAUCAAAUAUAUUUAUCUGGACAAUAUAAGGAAGCAAUACAACUAUAUAGUGGUUUAUCUAAUGCGGAACCUAUUCCUAAAGCAAUGGAAGGGAUAAUUUUGUGUCAGAUUGAAAUGAAUGACAUAAAUGUUCAAGUUGAAAAACAAAUUGAAUUGUUAAACGAAAUUAGAGGAGAAUUAAAGUCAAGUGAACUUAUUUUCAUAAAUGCAUAUUUUGCAGAAAAUAAUGAAGUGAAAUCAAAUUUAAUAAAAUUAGCCGUUGAGAAGCAAUUUGAUUCUAUCACUCACUUGUCAUUUGGCCCAGAAUACUUGAUAAAACUUAAUCCAAAUAUGAUAAUGACUUUUUUGAAACACUUGUCUGAUCGUAUUUAUAAAGAAAUUACCUUAGAAAAGAUUUUAAAUGUUUGCCCUGGACUUAUCAAUUGUUGGUUAAUGCUUGGAAAUAUUCAAAACAUAAAAAAAGCUCAUAAGUCACUAGAAAAAGUAUUAGAACUAGAUCCUACAAAUUCAGAAGCACAUCUUAUGAUUGCUAAUCUUUUGAUAAAGCAGGGUCAUUUUGCAAAUGCUUCUAAAAGCUUAGACUUAGGUCUUAGCUAUAAUUUAUCGAUUAGCGAGUGGCCUUUAUAUAAUCUAUUAAAUGGACUUGUUCAUAAACAUUUUGAAAGGAAUAAUGAUUGCAUUCAAGCUUUAGAAAAUUCUUUGAAUAACUUGUCGAAUGGACAUGCACUUGAACACAGCAAUUUAGCUUCUUUGUUUAUUACACUAAGUGAAUGCUAUUGUAUUGAAAACAAAAUCGAUAAAGCAAUACAAAUUGUGAAUAAUGCAUAUGAAUAUUUAAAAGAUACAAAUUAUGAAGAAGAAAUUAAAAUAGCUGAAGCAAAAAUUUCCAUUUAUAAAAAUGAUACUAAAAGUGCUUUAAAAAUAUUAAAUUCCAUAAAAUCUGAUCAAGACGUCUUUAUCAAAGCCCAAAAAAUGAAAGCCGAUAUUGUUAUGAAGACAAAUCAAGAUCCAUUUGAGUAUGCCGAAUGCUUUAAAAAUUUAGUUGAUUCUUUUCCCACUGUUGAUAAUAUGAUUGAACUAGCAAAUGCAUAUUUAAAAAUCCAGGAGCCCGAUGAGGCUAUUAGAAUAAUCAAGAAUGCAUUGAGUUUAAAGAAUGAACCAUCAAUGUUCUUAAAAGUUGCCCAAGUAUUAGUUGCAGCACAUCAAUAUGAUGAAGCCAUCAAAUACUACAAUAAAUCAGGUAAUGAUGGUGCAUUGGAGAUGGCAAAUCUUUUGAUCAAAUUGAAUCAGUGUGAUAUGGCAAUUAAAGUUUUAAAUCCACUCCCAUUAGAAGUUAAAGUUAUUCCCAUGGCAAAUGCUUUGGAAAAAAAAGGUAAAUUAGAUGAAGCACUUGAUUUGUUAAAACAGUGUUCUUACUUAGAAAACCAAGAGUUGAGCACCAGAUUAAAAAUAUUGAGACAUAGUGGUGAGAUUGCUCAUAAGUUAAAUCGAAAUGAUCUCGCUGUUUCUUUGUACAAACAAGCACUUGUGCAUGUAGUUGUAGACAGUGAUGAGGCGAGCUCAUUGAAGAUAAGUUUAGCCAAGUUGUACAUGCAAAUGAAUGAUUGGAAUUCAUGUGAAAUGAUAUGUUCUUCACUGCUCAAAGAUACAAGCAACGAUUUAGCACUGUUGAUCGUAGCCGAUUUGUCGUUUAGACGAUGUGAUUUUGUAACAGCUAAAAAGCAUUUUUAUAAACUUUUGGAAAAGCAACCCACUAAUUGGGCAGCAUUAGCUCGGCUGAUAGAAGUUUGUCGUAGAACUGAUUGUUUGGAAGAAGUAAAAACAUCUAUGGCAGUCGCACACAAGAAUACUGGCCAAGCUGGGUUUCAUUUCUGUUGUGGUUUGUAUUACUGGUACGCUUCAAACAUCAAUGAUGCAAUGAAGCAUUUCAAUUUGGCCAAAAACGAUGCUGAAUGGGGACAGCAAGCACUGCACAACAUGGUUCAGAUUUGUUUAGAUGAAGCGACAUUAAAUUUAAACCUAGCCAAUAAGCUGAUAACAGAGAUGAAACCUAAUACACCAGAUGAACAAAAAAAUUAUAUGCUACUGUCAACUUAUGUAUUAUUAGAGUCCAAAGAAAAACAAUCUGUAGAAAAAGCAAUAAAUGUUUUUAAUGAAUUGUCACAAGAAUCGUGCAAAAUUGCUGCUUCGUUAGGGUUGGCAAUGGCUUUUGUUUAUCAAAAACAAGCACAAAGAGCUAAGACAAUUUUAAAAAGAGUUGCAUUGAAAGCAACCUGGAAAUUUGAAGAGGCUGAGUAUUUGGAACGCAGUUGGUUACUUAUGGCAGAAUUAUAUUUUCAGUCUGGCAAGACCAAUAUAUGUGUGGAAUUGGUUAAUAAAGUUCUUGUCUAUAAUAAAUCCUCAAUCAAAGGUCUAGAACUUUUAAGUGCUGUGGCAGAAAAGGAACAGAAAUAUGACGAUGCUGUGGAUUAUUAUGAACGUGCUUGGGCAUUAAGUGGUCAAAAGUAUUUUAAAAUCGGAUACAAACUAGCUGUAAAUUUGUAUAAAUUAAAACUAUUCACAAAAUCUGUUGAAAUAUGUUUUGAUUUAAACCCUUCAAGUCCAGACCAAGUUAAGUUGAAAAAAGAUAUAAUGGACAAAGCAAGACUAUCAUUAAGAUCACGAUAA